GGUUCAGUCUUGACAAGCGCGUUCGACUGAAGACAAAUUCACUCCUGAUUUUCAGCUCUUUAGGUUUUAUAAACUAGAUUCUGCAUUGCCUCAUCACUCAGCUGGAUCCGUGUGCUUAAUGCCAUGGUGGACUGGCCGGGACGAGCCUUUCAGCUGAAUCCGGACAACCAAAUGGGAGCCGGGACAGCCUUUGCAAGCUUGUGGUAGUAACCGGGUCCUUGGAUACAGUCAACCUGCUCCAAAGUGCCUCCAAUUCCUGCUCAAAGUGAAACCCAAACAGCUUUCACGGUGGAAACGAGAAGAAGAGCAAAGAUGAAUGCUGUGCGUGGGGGCACAGUUACUUGGCGUCCCCAGCCCUGGCAGGACGGGGAUGGGGGAGGAGGAGAGCCUCUGUCGGACAGUGACUCAGAGGAGGAGGACUUCCCUGAUGACAGCACUACCCCACUCGGGGACUACAUUACACAAGGAUUGAAGCAGCUCCUGGAUGCUCAGCAGCUGUGUGACGUCACUCUGCUUGUCGAGGGAAAGAAGUUCAUGUGUCACAGAGUUCUCCUAGCAGCUGUGAGCCCGUACUUUCGAGCCAUGUUCACCAGCCCUCUAGUGGAGUCUCGCCUCACUGAGAUCCGCCUGGAGGAAGUGACACCAUCUGUCAUGGAAACUGUCAUCCAGUUUGUGUACACUGGUGAGGCAGGGCUCUCUCUGGACACAGCUGAGGAUCUGUUUGUGGCUGCGAACCGGCUUCAGGUUAUGCCCCUUCAAGACCUGUGCUCCAGGUUUCUAUUUGAGCACCUCUCAGUGGAUAACUGCCUGGGGAUGUACUCUCUGGCUCGCUCUCACCAUGACCAGCUGCUGCUGCGUGCCUCCCUGCGGCUGGUAGCUCAACACUUCCCCCGGGUGGCCCGGCAGAAAGAUUUCCUCCUACUAGACCAUGGCACCUUAGGCAGUCUUCUGAGCUCAGAUCACCUGGGGGUGGACUCGGAAGCGGAGGUCUACGACGCAGCACGGCGCUGGGCAGAGCACCAACCCCUGAAUCGCUAUGCCCACAUGCCCGCACUGCUUCACCACUUGCGGCCAGGGCUGCUAUCCCAAGAAGAGAGCCGAAGACUAAGCCAGGAGCUGGGGCCUGCUGCAGCUGGUGAGGGCCUUGGGGGGCCUCUGAGACCACGGGAGGGCAUGUUUGAGAAAAAGAUUGUCUGUGUGGACCUGACACCUCGGGAAGAUGAGAAUUUAGCUGGGAGAGACUACACAGUGGACUGCUUUGAUCCUCGGACAGGGAAGUGGGAGAAGCUGGCAGCGUUGGGUUCACUCGUGAGUCCCGGCUGCACAGCUGUGGGUGACAGGCUGUUUGUAGCCGGUGGGAUCCUGCGGACAGGCUCUGUGUCUGCAGCCAUGCAUGAAUAUGAUGCAGUGUUGGACCGCUGGAUAGAGCGGCCUUCAAUGGUCCAGCCCAGGGCUAUGCUAGGUCUUCUGGAAUGUGGAGAGUCACUGUAUGCCUUAGGUGGAAGUAACCGCUCAGCCCUGCUGGACUCCAGUGAGACCCUGGAGCUGACUACGCUAAGGUGGGGUCAGGGGCCCCGGCUGCCACUCCCCCUGCGCGCCUUUGCCUGUGCAGCACUACGUGGACGACUUUACCUUCUGGGUGGAACUACGCUUGAACAGAACCGGGCUGUGGUCCACUCAGGUGUGCUUAUUUAUCACACCCUGACAGACUGCUGGACACGUGUGGCACUGGACUCUGGCGCCACCUGCCUCGCUGGAGGAGUAGCAGUGCGAGGAGGAGUCUGUGCAAUCGGGGGAUACAUGAGGGAUACCACCAAGUUCCUGGAUGGAAACUAUACCAACCUGGAGACCUUAGAUGCCACUGGACGUGUGCUGUUUUUCAGAGAGGGCAGGGGGUCUGGGUUAGAGAGGGAGGUGACAGGGGGAGGGGUGAUGGUCACUGCAGAGCAGCGGGGAUGCGCAGGUGGUGGAAGUGACCGAGCCCCAAGCCCUGUGGUUUUUCCUGGGCUGCCACGGCGGAUUGCAGCUGGUGGUGUGGCCAGGUGGAAAAGGAGGAUUUAUGUGUUGGGCGGGGAAAACGGCUCUCGUUUCUAUGACAGUGUGUACUGCUGGAAGCCGGGAUGGCGCAGCUGGGUCCAGAGACGUGAAAAACUCCCUGGGGAUACUGGAGGGGUGAGCCAGUUUGGCUGUACCACUUUAAAAUUCCCUAAGAAACACAUCCUGUCCAGACUGAGACUAGCCAAAGAAAACUGCAAGUAGGCUGCUGACUAGCUUGACAGGGACCAGAAUGACUGAAGUUGAGGCAGCUGGUCAUGUGACGCAGAGAUGAGCUCUAGGCUGAGUUUGAAUUAGCUCCUCCUUAACCUCAUGAAAUGUUGGUACUGAGAUGAAGUCAGAAAGGAGAAACAUGGAGUGCAACUACAGAGCAGGCCAGACAUAGCUUGGUAAAACAAGCGGAGAGAGCAAGUGGAGCCCGAAAUUGGCUAAAAACAGGCAACAUGCACCUGAAUGUAACCUAAUCUGGAAGUUGUCAGAACUGUAAAUUCCUUUGAGAGUAAAAAGGUCCAUUUAAUUGUUUUCUUGAAGUGUUAUGUAAUCAGCUUUUUGCUGGUGUUAUACAUUAAAGACUGUUUGGGGCAUAUUUCAGUACUGUUAAUUUUUGGGCAGCGUUUAGUUUAGAUACAGGCAUACCUGUAACUUUCUCAUAAGGCUAUGUUCCACUGAUUUGCCUAAACACUCAGGGCUGCUGCAUGCUCGUUGCAGAGGGUGCCACAAACCUCCCAUGUGCUAUAAAAACCACAUGCAAUUACUUCACUAUGCUGGCGCAUGGGCCUGCUGUGUUCCAGUCAUUUUUUGGAACUCUGCAUGUGAGGGAGCUUGGCUCCUUGCUAGUGAUUGGCUCAGUUGUAUCAUGAUCUCAGUGCUAGUGAUGUUUUAUACCCACUUAUUUUCUUUCUAAUCCAAUACAAAGUAAAACCCAGAUCAGUAUCACCAAUACCAGUGUUGAUACGUUGUACAAAAAAAUGACAAGGUCCCACGCCUAUACACUGGUCAGCCAUAACAUUAUGGUGGAAUGAAUAACACUGAUUAUCUCGAUACAGUGGCACCUGUCAGUGUGUGGGGUAUAUUAGGCAGCAGGUGAACAUUCAGUUCACAAAAUUGAUGGUUUGGAAGCAGGAAAAACGGGCAAGCCUAAGGAUCUUAGUGACUGACAAGAUCUAAACUGUGAUGUCUAGACGACUGGGUCAGAGCAUCUCCCAAACCGCGGUCUCAGUGGGUGUUCCUGCUCUGCAGUGGUUAGUACCUACAAACAGUGAACCAGCGGCAGGGUCCUGGGCACCCAAGCCUACUGAUGAUGAGGUCGACCUACUGUAGAUUAAACGUUAAAAUUUCAUUCAUCCUUUUCAAAAGAUUGUGUUUUGUUUGAAUCUUUGUUAAAAUGGUUGAAAAUGAGAAAUACUUCACAUUGGUCUCCUUGAAGAGAAACAGUCAGCAGCUAUAGUGGUGAUAUCACACCUAGAGUGGCUGUUGAAUUUGUCUCAAAAAUUAUCUCAAAUUUCUUGUCACAACAACAGUUUUCAUUGCUUUUAUAUAAGCUUUUCACUGAAUAGUCGACGCAGUUGUGUUCUCCCUGACAGUAGAACUAUGGAAGCAAUUGGAUUCACAGAAGAUGCACAGCGAGCUGCAAAGUGACACGAGUAGCAGCCAUCUGCAGGUGGUCAUAAUGUUCUGGCUGAUCUGUGUAUAUCUAUAAGAUGGCAGUGCUUGUGUUAAACACUGGCCCAGGAAUGUGUUCUUCUUUGGUGGAAACUGUUCAUGUUUUAAAUGCUCUUAUUGCCCCCAAGUCAAAGAAGUGGAACAUGGUGUUGGGGAAGUGUGCAGAGAGGGAUGGAUGACAUGAAAUUCCAUAUAACAGGACACCCUUUUCUAAUAUUUACAUACAUUAAUACAGUAAAAUGUUAAGGGAUGGAAAAUCACAUGUCAAGGUGAUUUUAUUUUUACUUUAUUUAAGAAUG